AUGUCGAGACAAAAACCAAUUACUGCUUUCUUCUGUGAAAAAUAUGGCGAUCAUGUACAACAUAAUCAGUGCACAUCUUCAGAAAGUGUAAAUUUAGCGGCUUCAGCUGAGCUAGUAGAUUUGGAUGAAGAUUAUUCCAUUCAGACCGAAGAUCCUGAUGCUGAGCCAACGUUAGCAAAGAGACGAAAGCUUAUUAAAGACCAUCAAGGUAAUAGCAUUGUUAAACUUAAAUGUAAAUUUUUUAUUUGACCUAGCUGCUCACUUACUUUGGGUAAUUCGCAUGACUUUGAUAAAUUUAACAUUGUAGCCCUCGAGCGGCUUAUUUUUAUUUUUGUUUCGAGUCAAUUCACUCUGAUUCCUCAGAAAAACAUCACACUGAAGGAAUUUCUGAGUUUAUCUUGCUGAACUACCAAGUAUCUUCGUCAGUGACAGUGAUCUUUUAAAUCAAUUCCCCCCUCCAAAAAAAAAAAUGUGAAAAUAAGGAUAGAAAGUAGCUAUUUCUGUACAAGAUAGAUUAUUUUAAAGAAAUUUUAGACGCUGUAAAAGUUGUAGAUUAAACUGUCUCUGAUCAUUUCAUUUCAUUUUUCAGAAUCGUUAUCUGUUGAUGUAGCCAAGUACGUUAACGAUCGU